AUGUUUCUUAACUACCGAUCUUUUAGUCUUUGCUCUUGCGUUUUAUUAAUAACAUUUUUAUCAUCAACUGCUCAAUUUUGCAGUAAUUUAACAUCAAUUGACGAUAAAGAUACACCAUGUUUUCUUGAAGCAGCAAUUAAUCCAGUUCCAUUACGUACAACUAGUGGUAGUGUUGUAUUACCUUGUCAUGUUGCUCGUUCUAAACGUUCUACCAUUGAAUGGUGGUAUAGUGAUCCACAAAAAUUGGUUAAUAUUAAAAUUUAUCCAGUAUAUCCUCCAGUUCGUCCAACUGCUCUUCGUUUCCUUUCAACUUUAACACCAUAUUCAAAAAAUUUUAAUGAAACAGAUAUUAUUGAUGCAACUAUUUUAUUACCCUAUGUUAAUGUUGAUGACACUGGUAUCUAUCGUUGUGUCAUUCGUCCAUGGACAAUGGAUCCUAUAGAACGUAUGGAAAAUUUUCUUUUUGCUGAUGAUUCAAAAUCUUCAUCACUCUACUAUAACCUUCAAUUAAUUGCACCUCGUCUCUGUCAUUCAAGUGCUGGUGGAUUACCAUGUUUCACAGCAAUGCGUACAAGUUCACCAACAGUAAUUGAAGCUUAUCAAACAUCAUUUCUUCAAUGCGUUGUCAAAACAUUUAACCGUCCAGUAAGCGUAUUCUGGGUUGUUGGUGAAGCACCAGUAAACAGUCUUCUUAUCAAUGAACAUCUUCCAACUAAUCAAUUUAAUGGUGAUCGACUUCGUCGUAUAUUCCCACGUUCACUUACUGAUUAUUCAAUUGAAUUAUCACUUAAUCGUACUACUCCUGAACGCAUGUAUUCAUGUGUUAUUGAUGGUUCUAGUGAUAUUGAAACAACAGUUUUCACUUAUAUUGUUCGUAAUAUCAAUCUUGAACAAGUUCAUCAAAAAAUAUUAAAUACAACACAUCAUGAUGACAAACAUGUUGAACAUACAACUCCAUCAACUGAUCCAUUAUUGAAAUUAUUAGAAAAAUCCGAUGUCACAGAUCUUGACGAUGAAACCAGCAAAGAAGAAGAAUUAUCUUCAGCUGAACGUGAAGAAGAAGAAGAAGUAACAACACCAGCAAUUUAA